UAGAUUUAAAUGAAUGACGCAAAAUGGAAGGCGAGAGAGGGAGAGAGGUCGAAUACACAUGAAUAAUCCAUCCAAUCAUAUGAAACCGUAGCUCAGAUUAAUACCCGUUAAUUUUAUUCAGGUUACAGACAGUUCAUUUAUGUGGUAUUUGCCGGGGUAGGUUGCCCUCUCGUACUCUAGGGAAAUGAUACUUCGGUCUCGAAAGAUACCUGAUGGCCCUCCAACUAUUCAUCGUCGUAAACGCUUCUCUACCAGGAGAAAGACACGGGUGGCAAACCAAGCGAAGGAAAAGGGCAAAGAGGGGGUGGUGUCAGACAAGGCAGCACAGUACUCUAAUGGGGAAGGGGAAGGUAUCCCCGUUGUGCAAGCAAGAGCGAGAAGAAGGGCAGCGCCGUGUGAGGACGACAAAGAUUUCAUGAUGCCAGCCUGGUGCCGAAAGCGGAAUGUGCAUUUUGAGACAGGGGACAACUUCUCAUGCACUAAUAUAACAGUGCAGAACAUUUACCCUCCAGCUGGGUGCUUCCCAACACCAAUAAAAUAUGGUGUGACGUGCCCUGAGGAGGAGCUGAUAAGCGUAGAACAGUGUGUGUUUGGAUACGAUGCUUUCAGCUCACUGCAAGACGAGGAAGAAGAUGACGAUGUGUUUAACCCGUACCACUUCAUCAAAAACAUUCCCCCCCAGUCCCAACAAUCUAAACCUCGCACUCGGGACAUCCCAGUCAAGACAAGGAGCACCCCACAAGCCACACUUGUUUUGGAUUUGGAUGAGACGCUAGUCUUCAGCUCAUUGAAUGUGAUUGAGAAUGCAGAAUAUACUUUCCACACCCACUUUCAGGAUCAUGAGUACAAAGUCUUCAUGAUCCUGAGGCCUCAUGUCAAAGAGUUUUUGCAAAGCAUGUCAAAGCUCUUUGAAAUGUUUGUUUAUACCUCUGCCAAGAAAGAGUAUGCAGAGAAGAUCCUAGACACACUGGAUCCUCAGAAGAAGCUGUUUCGACAUCGUUUGUACCAGGAGGACUGUGCUUGUAUUUUUGGCCACUAUGUCAAGGACCUAGACGUGCUGGAGAGAGACCUGGCAAAGACGGCUGUUGUGGACAAUGCGCCUCAUGCCUUCCCUUACCAUCUGAUGAACAUGAUCCCAAUUAAGAGCUGGGAUGGGGACCCGGAGGACAAAGAACUGCAGAAGCUGAUGCCCUAUCUCGAGAAACUGUCAGAAGCAGAUGAUUUUCGGCAGGUACUGAAGAGGAGGACAGAUCAUUUGCACAGACUGCUGUCUGAAGACUGAUUAGUGCUGUGUGACUAAUGAGUCAAUUGGUGACACUUAUCCAGUAGACUGCUCAUAUAAAGCACCUUUCAAGCUUGUUCUAAAUUGCACAGGUUUUAGUGACAUGAACACUAAAUGUGGAUGGCAAAUAAUUUUAAAGGUUAGUA